CUCCGCAUUGCAAGGCUCCGGGAAGUGAUGCUCCCAGCCUGGGGAGGCACGGGGCAGAGCGCCCAGGACCGAGGCGCCCCAGCCAGGGCGCGUGCGGCCGCUGGGAGCGCUCCGGCUGCAGCAGCUCCGGGGGAAGGCCGCUGGGCUGCCGCUGCCUCCGCCCAGGCCCGGCUCUCGCUGCCUCCGCCCAGGCCCGGCUCUCGCUGCCUCCGCCCAGGCCCGGCUCUCGCUGCCUCCGCCCAGGCCCGGCUCUCGCUGCCUCCGCCCAGGCCCGGCUCUCGCCGCCGGAAGUGACUUUUCUGACUAUUCCCAGGCCCGCCUGGGGCUGCUGCGGCCGGGGGGAGCCGAGGAGAGCCAGACCUAGAGCUCCAUUGGCUAGAUGUGUUCCUGAUCAGUCAGAGACCAGUGGAGGGGAACACCAUGGCCAACCAAAGAUCCUUUCUUUUGAGAAUGGCUCUCUUCUCCAAAGUGAGAGCACUUUCCUGGGAUGUCAGCAAGCCAAAAGGUUGUCCCUGGGCAUUUUUAAGCACAGCAUGUGAGGGAAGCAUCACAGAUAUGGUAACUGAGGAGAAGCAAAGAGAGAGAACAAACUUGAAGGAGUCCAGCCAAAAUCAUGACUUUUGGCGGGAAAGGUUAGCAGAUCAGAUGUUACCUUUGUGGAGACUGAAUUAUGAGGAACAACUGAAGGUGAAGUUAGAAAGUCUGAAGAAAAAUCUGGAGACUCUGGAAAUUCGCUUACGCAAGAGUGGUACUGGUGACCCAAAGCUUGCAGCAAAAUCUGAGAAGCUGUCUUCCCUUCUCCAUCCUUUUAUGCCUUCUCCUGUCGUUGAUGGUUAUAGAAAUAAAUCUUCCUUCUCUAUAAACCAAGGCCCAGAUGGCAAUCCAAAGACUGUGGGGUACUACCUGAAGUCUUGGGGAGGAUCGAAUAUUUUCUGCAUACAACCUAGCCAUCUGAAAGAUAUCCCUGAAAAGCACAACCAGGUAGCUCAGUGCUUUGAGGCAUUUCUGCGGCAAUCCACACUGGGUUCCCCCAUUGAUUCUUGGAAAGGUGGACUCUGGCAUGAGCUCAUAGUGCGCACCAACUUCCUUGGGCACACGAUGGCCAUUAUCAUCUUCAAUCCUCAGGAAUUAAGUCAGGAGAAGCUCUGUGUUCAGACAGAAGAAAUAAAGAAAUUUUUCUUGACGGGGCCUGGAGCUCUAUGUGACUUAACCUCGCUUUAUGUGAAAGAAAGGACUCCUCGCCACCAACAACUAACCCCCUUUCAGCUUCUUGCUGGAGAGCCUUACCUCUUUGAAGAAAUCCUGGGCUUGAAGGUUCGAAUCUCUCCUGGAGCCUUUUUUCAGCUUAACACAUCUGCAGCAGAAGUUCUUUAUCAGACAGUGGGAGAAGUGGGUCAAGUAGACCCCAAUACUGUCAUCCUUGAUUUUAGCCAUGGAACCGGUGCAACUGGCCUCUCCCUGGCUCAACAGGCAUCACAAAUCUUCAGUAUGAGCCUGGUAGGGCAGGCGCUGGAGGAUGCUAAAUGGACUGCAGCUUUUAAUGGCAUCACCAACUGGGAAUCCCACCGUGGCAAUGUGAAGGAGAUUAUGUUACAGCUGUCAGAGUCUCAGGAGGAUAGCCGGUCACUCAUGGCUUUGGUGGACCCAUCCCAGUGUGGACUGAGUAAUAGAGUGGUUCAGGACAUUCGAAACUGCAAAGCCAUCCAGAGAUUGGUUUUUGUCUCCUGCAGGCCUUAUGGUAAAUCCAUUGAAAACAUCAUUGAGUUGUGCCGGCCCCCAAACCCUGAUGGGAACCUCCUUGGUGAGCCUUUUGUUCUGAGACAAGCUGUACCAGUGGACAUGUUCCCCCAUUCCCACCAAUGUGAGUUGGUGAUGCUCUUUACCCGGUGAUUAGCUCUAGAAGACCACAGACUGUCUUUUAAGGACUGAAUAUCAGGAUAUAGUAGACAAGGGUAUUAGCUUUUUUGUCUGAGCUGAGCCUGACAAUAUCUUGAGAAUACAGUUGUUGGUUCCUUCUCUAAGAAGAAAAGAUAUAAAAGGUUUCCUAACUGAGGUAGACCUUUUCUUUAUCUUGCCUCUGGUGCACUGACGAUGGCAUAAUUAUUUUUGUAUCGCUCCUCUAUCCUUACCUUGUGUCUAGCACAGUGGUUUUGUACAUAGUAGACCCCUAAUAAAUGGUUAAGUCAAUAAAUUGUAUCUUGACUGCU